UAUAAAGUCCGUAAAAAAAAUUCCUUGAGCAGCCGCAUUUGGAGAGUGAAUUAGUCAGUUGCAUCCUCCUCCGUCCGUCUAGGGUUUCACCGAAUCGUCUUCGUUGCAUUCUCGCAAACAAUCAUGGUUCUCCAAAACGACAUCGAUCUGCUGAAUCCACCUGCUGAGCUGGAGAAGAGAAAGCACAAGCUCAAGCGUCUCGUUCAAUCUCCUAACUCCUUCUUCAUGGACGUCAAGUGCCAGGGAUGCUUCAACAUAACCACUGUGUUCAGUCACUCUCAGACAGUUGUAGUGUGUGGAAACUGUCAGACGGUUCUUUGCCAGCCCACCGGUGGUAAAGCUAGGCUCACUGAGGGUUGCUCUUUCAGGAAAAAGUGAAAGAGUAUGAGAAGCUUCCACCCAAAAGUUAUCGUUUUUUCACUAAUGUUGAUGAUGUGAGAGAACAGAGAUCAGAUCUUUUAUUCAGUUUGGGUUUUAUUGCUUAAGUAGUUUUUAUGAACUUAUUAUGUCUUGCUUAUGAGAAGAUUCUUAAGGUAUCAUCAUCAAACUACGAGUUGAGUUCUUCAUCCUCCGCGCUUAAUCAUUCUUGAGUUGCAUC